UUACAUCCUGCCUUCUUGUUUUUAAUAUAACAUAAUUAAAUAAAGUCAUAUCUUUCUUGUCUUUUCUGAAGUUCAUUAAUUAUUUCCAUAUUAUAUUAAUUACAAAAAAAACUUGUGUUGAGUUUUAUAUUUGAGUAUAUUAUAUAUGUACAUUCAUAUAUACUUAAGUUUUAUCAUUUACAUACGUUCUUGUUUUUCAUUCUAAAAAUUAUUUAAUGUGAUAAGUUGCAAUCAGACUGAUGAUUGAUAUUUAGGCAAACAGUUUUGAAAUAAUCCUACUCUAAACGAUGUUAAGUUUUGUGAAUAUAACAUUUAUUGUCUAAAAACGGUGCAAUCACAAGCUGGUGAAUUUUAACUUUGCUUGGCUAAAAAAAAAAAUAGAGAACGUCAUGGCUUUCGCAGGUCUAAAAAAGCAACUCAAUAAAGCAAACCAGUAUAUGACGGAAAAGAUGGGUGGUGCAGAAGGUACAAAACUAGAUGUGGAUUUUAUGGAUAUGGAGAGGAAAACUGAUGUAACAUUUGAACUUGUUGAGGAACUACAAAUGAAGACUAAAGAAUUUUUACAACCAAACCCAACUGCAAGAGCAAAAAUGGCUGCCGUUAAAGGAAUAAGCAAACUAAGUGGUCAAGCUAAAGCUUCAACAUAUCCUCAACCAGAGGGUAUCUUAGCUGAUUGCAUGUUACUGUAUGGGAAAAAAAUGGGAGAUGACAGCGUUUUCGGUCAAGCAUUAAUAGAAAUGGGUGAAUCUCUAAGGCAGAUGGCUGAUGUAAAAUACUCAUUAGAUGAUAACAUUAAACAGAACUUUUUAGAGCCAUUACACCAUUUACAGACGAAAGACCUGAAAGAAGUAAUGCAUCAUCGUAAGAAACUACAAGGGCGGCGUUUAGACUUUGAUUGUAAACGAAGACGACAAGCUAAAGAGCUUUGUAGCCGUACAACCAUCUGGCCUGGUGCCGUCAAAGAAUUUUCUACUUUGAGUGCAAGCCAGGAAACACAGUCCAGAAGAGUACGAGUAGCCACAACAGCUGCCUUCUUAGUGGUCAUCCCGAAGGCAUUCUACAGGGAAGUUGACGUUAUACCAGAAGACGUGGGAAAAGAGCGCUACAACCAGCUCUAAAGCUUCAAACGUUGCAGUUUUCCUCUCGAUGAGUGUAGUACUACAAUGACAGGUCACAGAAAAUCACUCUGA